GCCUCGCGGGAGACCACACAUUAAUUCCUCGCGCCCCAUCCAUCCAUUCCCCUGCCAUGGGCUGCUCGACCUCCAAGCUCGAGCCGAAGGACCAGCUGGACGCCUCGGCGCCGUCCCACCACCGCCGCCGCGGCUUUGCCAGCGACCUCUUUGGCCGCGCCACCAGGAAGAACCACCACAAUGGUGGCAAGAGCGGGUGCGAAAGUGGCGACGCCGCCGUCCCCAUGGCCGGCCGGCAGCAUGAGGAGGAGCAGCCGCGGCAAGGGAAGAAGGGCGGCCGUGGCAAGCGCGAGGUGCAAGCGGGGUCGCCAAGCUUCCGGUACUACUGUGAGAAUGCCGCCGCCGCCGCCUUCGGCGAACAUCGAGGUCAAGCACCAACAACGCAAAUAUGAUCUGUGGAUGAACUCCUGGAACUUUUAUCAAUGCAGUGCGGGCCUACAAAAGAACAAAUUAUACCCCUAAGGAAUGAGAGAUGAAUCAGAUGGGUUAUUAAUCAGGAGCUGCAAGCAAAUUAGGCGUUAAAUCCACGACCUUUUUCGCCUGUUCGUUGCUUUUCCUCGGCUGUUAUAUCUCCAGGGAUCAAAGACGAAGAAAAAAAAUAACUUCUGAUGAUAUAUAAGUCAAGCAGAUUCCCAAUCAUGGAGAGCAUAACGCACUAGUCCCUGGAGAAUUCAUCGUAGCAGUUGUACCAAAUGCAGUUUGUACAUGUAAUACCAACACGAUGAAUACAAAUUAAUUCCAGAUCGAUCUCAAACGAA